GGCUCCCGCCGCUGCCGGCUGCCCGCGCCCCUGCCCGCGCCCCGCCGCCGCGGCCCGGCCCGAGCAUGGAGACGGCGGAGAAGGAGUGCGGCGCCCUGGGUGGGCUCUUCCAGGCCAUCGUCAACGACAUGAAGAGCUCCUACCCCAUCUGGGAGGACUUCAACUCCAAGGCCACGAAGCUGCAUUCCCAGCUGAGGACCACUGUGCUGGCUGCUGUGGCCUUCUUGGAUGCCUUCCAGAAAGUGGCUGACAUGGCCACCAACACCCGAGGGGCCACGCGGGACAUCGGCUCCGCGCUCACGCGCAUGUGCAUGCGCCACCGCAGCAUCGAGACCAAGCUGCGGCAGUUCACCAACGCGCUGCUGGAGAGCCUCAUCAACCCGUUGCAGGAGCGCAUCGAGGACUGGAAGAAGUCCGCCAACCAGCUGGACAAGGACCACGCGAAAGAGUACAAGCGCGCCCGGCAUGAGAUCAAGAAGAAGUCUUCGGACACGCUGAAGCUGCAGAAGAAGGCUCGGAAAGGGAAAGGAGACCUGCAGCCCCAGCUGGACAGCGCCCUGCAGGACGUCAAUGACAUGUACCUGCUGCUGGAGGAGACAGAGAAGCAGGCGGUGCGCCGGGCCCUGAUUGAGGAGCGCGGCCGCUUCUGCACCUUCAUCACCUUCCUGCAGCCUGUCGUGAACGGCGAGCUGACCAUGCUGGGGGAGAUCACCCACCUGCAGGGCAUCAUCGACGACCUGGUGGUGCUGACUGCGGAGCCCCAUAAGCUGCCUGCCGCCAGCGAGCAGGUCAUCAAAGACCUGAAGGGCUCAGACUACAGCUGGUCCUACCAAACCCCACCCUCCUCACCCAGCAGCUCCAGCUCCCGGAAGUCCAGCAUGUGCAGCGCCCCCAGCAGCAGUAGCAGUGCCAAGGGUGGCGGAACCCCAUGGCCUGGGGGUGCCCAAACAUACUCACCCAGUUCCACCUGUCGCUACCGCAGCCUGGCGCAGCCAGCCACCGCCACCGCCCGCCUCUCCAGCGUCUCCUCCCACGACUCUGGCUUCAUCUCCCAGGACGCCACCUACUCCAAGCCUCCCUCACCCAUGCCUUCAGACAUCACCAGCCAGAAGUCCUCCAGCUCUGCGUCCUCCGAGGCCUCGGAAACCUGCCAGUCUGUUAGCGAGUGCAGCUCCCCCACGUCGGACUGGACCAAGGCCGGCCCCCACGAGCAGCCCUCAGGCACCACCCUGCAGCGGAGGAAGGACCGAGUGGAGCUCCUCCGAGACACAGAGCCAGGCCCAGCCAGUGGGGGCACCCUGGGCCCCAGUGGAGAGGAGGCCCCUCGGCCCCGCAUGUCCCCUGCUUCAAUUGCAGCCAAGCACGGAGAGGAGGUGUCCCCUGCAGCCAGUGACCUGGCCAUGGUGCUGACCCGCGGCCUGAGCCUUGAGCACCAGAAGAGCAGCCGGGACUCGCUGCAGUACUCCAGUGGCUACAGCACGCAGACCACCACGCCCUCGUGCUCCGAGGACACCAUCCCCUCCCAAGGCUCUGACUACGACUGCUACUCGGUGAACGGGGAUGCGGACGGCGAGGGCCCGCCUGAGUUCGACAAGUCGUCCACCAUCCCUCGUAACAGCAACAUUGCCCAGAACUACCGCCGCCUGAUCCAGACGAAGCGCCCGGCCUCCACCGCGGGGCUGCCCACCUCAGGGCUGCCCACGGCCUCAGGCUUGCCAUCGGGCGCACCCCCUGGCGUGGCCACCAUCCGCCGCACGCCCUCCACCAAGCCCACUGUGCGCCGUGCCCUCUCCAGUGCUGGCCCCAUCCCCAUCCGGCCACCCAUCGUCCCUGUGAAGACGCCCACGGUGCCUGACUCUCCCAGCUACACAGGGCCCACGCGGGCGGGCAGCGAGGAGUGUGUCUUCUACGCCGACGAGGCCGCCUCGCCCCUGGCACCAGACCUGGCCAAGGCCUCCCCGAAGAGGCUGAGCCUGCCCAACACGGCCUGGGGCAGCCCAUCCCCAGAGGCCGCCAGCUACCCCGGGCUGGCACCUGAGGAUGACGCCGAGCAACAGCAGCUGGCGGCCAACCGGCACAGCCUGGUGGAGAAGCUGGGGGAGCUGGUGGCAGGCGCCCAUGCCUUGGGCGAGGGCCAGUUCCCUUUCCCCAUGGCCCUGCAGGCCACCCCAGCAGAGGAGACGCCAACCCCACCCCCUGCUGCCACUGGCGACCCCCCUGCCGAGGACAUGCUGGUGGCCAUUCGGCGUGGGGUGCGGCUCCGCAGGACCGUCACCAAUGACAGGUCGGCACCCCGCAUCUUGUGAUAGCGCCACCCUCCACCCUCUGGCCCAAGGCAGGUGGCCUGGCUGGUGAGCAGCAGCCGCUCAGAGAAAAGGCACAGUGAAGAGAGCAGAGCCAGGCAAGCUUUUUUUUUUUUUUUUUUUUAAGUCACACAAGGCAAAGCCACUUUAUGGAAAGAGACAUCAGCUUGGAUCUCAGCGUUUAAACAGGAAGUGACUGCUGUAACCAACCUUGCUGGGAACGAGCCUGCAGGCCUCGUACUGGAUUUGGAGCGCGUUUUAUACUUUUCUUGCCUCCUCUGUCCCUCCUGUCCUCCUGGCAGGCCCUGUUUGUUCCACAUCAGUGAGGCCCAGAGCCGCGCCGCCCUGCUGCAGGCCGAGGGGCCGGGGCCAGCCUGCCGCCCGCCUGCCCGGCCGGGCCUAGCUGCUCGCCCAGGUGGGCGGUGUCUCAGGCUUCCCUAGGAUGCUGGCCCCCUCCAGCCCCGCCUGAGCCCCUCGUCCUUCCCCGUCUCAGCCUCUCCCAGGCUCCUGUCAUCUGGGAGGCAGGUGGUUGUGGAGGCUGGUGUCCAAUCAGCUAAGGUAGCAGAUUUAACUGAAAAAGGCAGAGUGGCUGGCAGUGUCCGGGGGUUGAAGUCAGGAGGCCCGGCCCACCGCGGGAGGAGGGGCGUAGGGUAGGGGUCCAGGUCAAGUCUGGGAGGAAGUGUGGGGACCUGCUCAGGGGAGGCUGGGGACCCCGGGCAGCUUCGCUCCCUAGCUUCCCCUCCUGCUUGAGGUGCGUCUGGGGCUGGGGCCGGUGCAGGGCAGCAGGGAAGGGGUGCAGAGACCCAGGGGCCCUUUCAGCUGUCCGCUCCUCGUCUGGGUGCACUGAGACUGACUCUGGUGGCACUUUAGGCACAGUUUCAGCCACCUUUGGGGGUGGGGGCUGGAGCUAUAGAGGGUGUGGGGGUUAUUUUAUGAAUAUAAUAAUAAAAUGGAGCUGACUGGAUAAGGACUCCAUGUGGGGACAGGGUGGAUGGUACAGGGUGUGUCCAAGAGUGCCUGAGGGACAGGGGUCCCCACAGGGCCUGGUGGUUCCAUGGCAGGAGGAGGGGGCCGAGUUGGCUUCCCAAAAGCCAAGGGGCAGCUGUUCUCUCCAGAUUUAGAGCAAAGCCAAAAUCCGGUUGGAGAGGGCCAGGCGUGGGGCCGCAGCCCAUCUGCUGUGGGGGGUGAGUCUGGGGAGAUUGGCUUUGACUCUCUGUUGUCGGAGGAGAUGCCAUUCCGGACAGCCCCCUGUGGUCCCAGUCCUGUGCUGGGUGGGGGGUGGGGGCAGACAGGGUGGGGGUGCCCUCCCCCUCCGUGCACCAAGUCCUGCCAGCUCUAAGCAGGUAAAAGCAGGUGCACCUAGGGUGAGUGGUGGGUUGCGCACAGUCCUGCGGGCCGGGAGAGCGUGGGGAGCCCGAAGGGUGGUGGGGCUGCAGGCAGGCCCCCAGGGUCAGGAGAGCCGGCUUUUCCUGGUCGUGACAGGACAGGGUUGGUCUGAGGGUCCCCAGCACCAGGCUGAAGCUCCUGGUAGUUUUUGUGCUGGGAACUGGGACCCACACAGGGCGACCAGGCAGGUCUGGGGAGCCAAGGAUGCCCCUGAGUGCAUGGAGCCCUGCGGGCUCCCCGAGGCGGCUUGGGAACGGUACCUGUAAGUCAGUCACUAGGUCUGAGAAUGGCCUCGCGAGGGCAUGGGUGACCCCAGGUUUGGGCACCCGAAGAGGGGCCUGGGCAAAGGAGGGCCUUAGGGGGUUGGGAGAGCAGUGGCCGGUGUGGGAAGCCCUGGGGUGGGGUUUGCACUGGCGCCUCCCCACAGGGCUGGGCCAGGGUUUGCCCAGAGGAGCUGAUGCAGUAAGAUGCAGGAGGUGUGACGGGAGCAGGGUGAGGAGCGGUGGGUGGGGAAGAGGAGCUCGCCUCCUGGGAUGGAGGGGUGGCUUCGGAGGCCCGGCGCGGGGGCGUGGGGGGGUGGCACCGCUGCACCCUGCUCGUCCCCCUCCCCUCCAAGCCCCCCCCGGGGCUGUACAUAAUUCCUCCAUCCCCUUGACCACCUCUCAUCCAUUAGUGACCACCUCAUAGGCCCACCCCCUCGGGAUCCGAGCCAGCCAUCCCGCCUCACAAAGUUUGGUUUGGGGGUCUUUUAUGUCCGUUUUAUUUUUCAUUUUGUACAGAGAAAUAUUCUUUUCAAAAGCGUCUCUGGCUGAAGUAACUUUUCUGGUGCUGUUGUUAACUUGUUCCUUUUUUUAAUUUAUUUCCCCACCCCAGGCCCCCCUCCUGGUUCCUACUCACCCUUUCUUCCCUCCACUCCCUGACAGCCCAUCCCUUCUGAACCAUUCUGUUUCUUUUCUUUCUGUCGGUUUUUGAAUAGAUUAUCCUCUCCCUGCCCCCUUUGCGCCCCCCCCCCCCGAUUUGAAUAGUCACUGCUACAAGUAACAUGCACUGUGAAGAUUCCAGUAUUAAUAAAGUCGUACUGUAAUUAACA